AUGGCUGAAAACGUAAUAUAUGAAGAUACUCCUUUCGCCGAGUAUCUUAGUGAAAUCGGUAGUCAAGAACAAUUAACCAAGCAACCGGAACUCUUUGAAUUGGAAAGGCAUGCCUCAGAGGAUACUUCUUGGUAUUCACGGCACUUACGAUUCGGUUAUGAAAUAUUUGAUUAUCUUCGAGUAACACUUCCUAUACAAGAAGAAAAUGAAUUUGAAGAACGUUUCAAGUAUUUGUUAUGUACAUCACACCUUUUAAACGACUCGUUAUCAAUUUACUUUUAUGAUAGUCGAAAACCAAAUAUUAUUGAUAUUAAAGAGGCAGGAUUAUAUUUUGGAGGAAUUUCUAGAAGAAAUUUUGAAAUUCUAUUAAGUUCCUUAAUUGGCAUGAUAGUAGUUUUUUUAACCUGGUUAUUACAUGAUACUGAUUCAAAAAAGGAUAUUGGAACAAAGAUGAUGCAAUUACCUAUAGCAUUUAUAUUGGCUUUAUUGGCUUCAUUUUUCUUAUAUCGUCGUAUGCCAUGA